CGCUGAAAGGGACCCAAACAUUCUUUUCCAGACCAAAUGAAACCAAUCUGAUUCACCUGCACCACUGCUCUCUGACACACACACACACACACACACACACACACACACACACACACACACACACACUCCUCCCUCUUGAAACUUUGAACCAAACCGGUCUUACAGUGUGACAGACAGCAGACGUUUUUUUCGCCUCCUCAGUCGCGGCUCUGAGACUCUUUUCUUCCAUCUGAUAUCAUAUCUGACCGACCAUGGUUCUUCUCACGCACACUCGGACUCAGAGUCUAUAAGAACCACCAGGACCAGGUCCGGGCUGCAGACGGAUCCAGCAGCAGCAGGCAGCUCAGCAUGGGUAAGACUCCAUCCACUCCUGACUUCUCUCCCCGUCUCUUGUUUUCCUGCCUCUACCUCUCUGACUCACAAACCCGAGUCCGUUCAGACUCUGGUUUCCUGAAAUGAGGUUUUUAUGGGGGUCAAAAGUCCAGGUUCAGGUUCAGUCUUUAUUUCCUAAAGUGUUGAAUGAUAGACCGAUGGUGCGCUGUAAAAACACCGGGAGAUUAAACCUUUUUAAAAACUCUCUGAACUGUAAAACUUGAUAAAAGUUUUACUUUAAUCUGAACUCUUUUACACAGAUCUAAAAAGAUUAAAAGCUCAUUAUAACCUGUAACCAUCUGAGUGUCUGAAACCAAAGAGACUUUAGAUCUGAGUCUGAGUUUUAACUAAACCUGAAAAACUGCCUCAGGAACUCCCUGCUGAACCACCUCCAGACCAGGUCCUCCAGACCAGGUCCUCCAGACCUCUAACACCAUCAGGGCUCUGAAUGAUCGUAGGCCUCUGUCCCGUUAGAUUCUGUUCAGCACACGCCGCUGUUGUCCUCCCUCUGUUUUGUGUGUUUUUGUUGUGUGUCUGCUGCUGCUGUCCUUGUUCUGUUUUUUGUUCACGAUGAGACUAAAGACAAAUUUACAUUUGUGAACGAUAAACUAACGAAUGAACGAAUGAACAAGGAGGUUCAAGGAGAUUCAGUGAAGACCGACGAGAAUAAAACACAGCAGUGAUUUCUCUCUGCAGUCAAAUGUGGUUGUUUGGCUUCUAUAUCACAGCAUGAUGGUGUUUAAUUGAAUAUACUGAAUAUAGCAGCAUGUGAGUGAUGUUGCUCUGUCUGGAGGUAGAGAGGUAGUGGGAUAAAAACCAAAUCAAUAAAAUACAUAAAUAUAAAAUAAAAGUACAUAAAUAUAAAAUAAAAGUAUAUAAAUAUAAAAUAAAAGUAUAUAAAUAUAAAAUAAAAUACAUAAAUAUAAAAUAAAAGUAUAUAAAUAUAAAAUAAAAGUACAUAAAUAUAAAAUAAAAGUAUAUAAAUAUAAAAUAAAAGUACAUAAAUAUAAAAUAAAAGUAUAUAAAUAUAAAAUAAAAUACAUAAAUAUAAAAUAAAAGUAUAUAAAUAUAAAAUAAAAGCACAUAAAUAUAAAAUAAAAGUAUAUAAAUAUAAAAUAAAAGUAUAAAAGUUUUCUUCAGAUUCAGCUCUCUGUAAUAAUAUAACUCUGUGUGCGUCUCUCAUUGUGAUAAAUUUGUGUGUUUGUGUCUCUUUAGUUGAAGUCGUUCAGUAACAAUUAAAAGCAGAUUUGAUUUUUGCUCGUUCAUAAUUUUCAGAACAGACUGACAGACAGACUGACUGACAGACUGACAGACAGACUGACUGACAGACUGACAGACAGACUGACUGACUGACUGACUGACAGACAGACUGACUGACAGACAGACAGACUGACAGACUGACUGACAGACAGACUGACUGACUGACUGACUGACAGACUGACAGACAGACAGACAGACAGACAGACAGACUGACGGACAGACAGACAGACUGACUGACUGACUGACGGACAGACUGACUGACAGACUGACGGAUGUUAGAUAAAACUCUGGACAGAGCCGACCCAAACCUCAAUGGGGCCCUGAGCCUGUUUCUGGGGACAACAGUGUGGUCUAGUCCAUCAAUGGGGUCCUCUGAAGAACCAGGUCUGUCUUAGAAAGUAGAGAGGGACUCUGCAGAUCCAAUAAAUGUGGGUCAUUCAGAGUCAGGGAUCUGGACCAGGGACCAGGGGCCUGACUGAGGCUGAGGGGAGGGGGUAGACCUGGAUGAGGAGGUCCAGGUAAACCGGAGCAGGUUUGGUUCCUGCAGGAUCCAUUAAAGGGACAUUUCAGUGUUUUUGUGAAGUUUGAAGGUUUCAUGUCUUCAUUCACCUCAGAGGACCUCGCUAAGCUCCGCCCCUUUAACCAGAGAGCGCAGAGAGAGUCGGGGCGUGAGCCGGGCUACAGCGAGAGUCCAGUCAGCCCAGUUAAUUAAUGUUAAUGUGAAUUAAUUAAUGAGCUCGUUAAGAAAUCUGACCUGUGACACCUGGACCUGUGUGUGUGUGUGUGUGUGUGUGUGUGUGUGUGUGUGUGUGUGUGUGUGUGUGUGUGUGUGUUUCAGCCCAGAGGACGGCCCUGAUCGUGUACGCCC